UUUUGUUGUCUCCUUUCUCAGCAUCUGUUGUGGUUUUGCUUUGGGUGUUCCUUCUCUGCUAAAGCCUUACUAGUGGGUACUUAGAGGAUAUAGAAAAUAAGAAAAAUAUUGGUGCUUUAAUGGGGAAGAAGAGUUUUUGUUGAGGAGUUUGUAUUACUUUCUUUCUGGGUCUCCCAAGUUCUUGUUUUUACUGUACUUUCUGUAAUGGGGGCCCUUCAUUGUUUGGUGCAUUUAAUGGUGGUUCUUUGCUUGGGGUUGUGUUUUAGGGUUCGGUCUCAGGAGGAAAUAGUUACAUCAGUUUAUAUUGUUACUUUAAAACAAGCUCCUGCAGUUCAUUACAACAAUGAGGUAGGAUUGGAGAGUAUCGGUUCUCGAUAUGGAAGUACAGAACGAUUAAAUAGACUGCACAAACCAAGGAAUAUUUCAAGGUCUGAUCGAAUAUAUGCUUCUUAUUUGAAUCAUGUACAUGAUUCCCUAUUGAGGAAGGUGUUACGGGGCGAGAACUAUUUGAAGUUGUAUAGUUACCACUACUUGAUUAAUGGGUUUGCUGUGCUUGUAACCCCUCAGCAGGCUGAGAAACUCUCAAGGAGACGUGAAGUGGCAAACGUGCUGUUGGAUUUCUCAGUUAGGACUGCUACUACCCACACUCCGGAAUUCCUGGGUCUGCCUAAAGGUGCGUGGGUCCAAGAUGGUGGGCCUGAAUUUGCAGGGGAGGGGAUUGUGAUUGGAUUUGUCGAUACUGGAAUUGAUCCAACACACCCCAGCUUCUCUGAUGACAACUCCGAAAAUGCUUAUCCUGUUCCUCCACACUUUUCUGGUAUUUGUGAAGUUACUAGGGAUUUCCCUUCUGGCUCCUGCAAUAGGAAACUUAUUGGGGCCCGUCAUUUUGCGGCAUCUGCUAUCACUAGGGGAAUAUUCAAUGCUACUCAGGAUUAUGCUUCACCAUUUGAUGGCGAUGGGCAUGGCACGCACACAGCUUCUAUUGCAGCUGGGAAUCAUGGGAUACCCGUUAUUGUAGCUGGGCAUCACUUUGGGAAUGCAAGUGGAAUGGCUCCUCGUGCACAUAUUGCUGUCUACAAGGCAUUAUACAGGAGUUUCGGAGGCUUUGCUGCAGAUGUUGUUGCUGCCAUUGACCAGGCAGCUCAAGAUGGAGUGGACAUUAUAAGCCUUUCAAUCACUCCCAAUAGACGUCCUCCUGGAAUUGCAACAUUUUUUAAUCCCAUAGAUAUGGCCUUACUUUCGGCAGUUAAGGCUGGAAUGUUUGUUGUACAAGCAGCUGGAAACACUGGACCCUCACCCAAGAGCAUGUCUUCAUUCAGUCCAUGGAUCUUUGCUGUUGGUGCUGCUUCUCAUGACAGGUUUUACAAUAAUUCCCUAGUCCUUGGCAAUAACAUCACCAUUUCUGGAGCUGGAUUUGCACCGGGAACAGAGGAAGGUAAAAUGUAUACACUGGUUUCUGCACUUCAUGUUUUGAGCAAUGGCACGACGGAUGUGGAUAAUAUGUAUGUGGGCGAAUGCCAAGAUCCCAGCAUCUUGAAUCAGGAUCUUAUUCAGGGGAAUCUCUUGAUCUGUAGCUACUCGAUCCGCUUUGUGCUUGGGCUCUCAUCCAUCAAACAAGCCCUGCAGACAGCUAAGAACCUCAGUGCAGCAGGUGUUGUGUUCUAUAUGGAUCCUUAUGUUAUUGGUUUUCAGCUUAACCCAACUCCAAUGGCUAUUCCUGGCAUGAUAAUUCCAUCAUCUGAAGAUUCCAAGAUUUUGCUUCAAUAUUACAAUUCUUCCUUGGAGAGAGACGGAUCUUUAAAAAACAUUGUUAAAUUUGGGGCUGUAGCAAGCAUUUUAGGGGGACUAAAAGCAAAAUACAACAACUCUGCACCAAAGGUUAUGUAUUAUUCUGCAAGAGGGCCAGACCCAGAAGACAGUUUUCUUGAUGAUGCAGAUAUAUUGAAACCUAACUUGGUGGCUCCUGGAAAUUACAUAUGGGCUGCUUGGAGUUAUUUGGGUACCGAUUCUGUUGAAUUCCAAGGAGAGAAUUUUGCAAUGAUGUCUGGGACGAGUAUGGCGGCUCCUCAUGUUGCUGGUGUUGCUGCAUUGAUCAAGCAGAAGUUUUCAAGUUUUAGUCCUUCAGCCAUUGGUUCUGCGCUCUCAACCACAGCUUCUCUCUAUGACAGGACUGCUGGUCCCAUAAUGGCCCAGCGUGCUUACACCAAUCCAGACUUGAACCAGUCUCCAGCAACACCCUUUGACAUGGGCAGUGGCUUUGUCAAUGCAAAUGCUUCGUUGGACCCGGGUCUGAUUUUCGAUGCCAGUUUUGAUGACUUCUUAUCAUUCCUUUGUGGCAUUAAUGGGUCGGCCCCUGUUGUUCUGAACUAUACUGGCCAGAGUUGUGGAAUUUCAAACAUGAAUGGCACUGACUUGAACUUGCCUUCUAUUACAAUAGCAAAGCUAAACCAGUCUAGAACAGUACAAAGGAUAGUUACCAAUGUUGCUGGCAAUGAGACAUAUAGUGUUGGUUUGUUUGCUCCCUAUGGAGUUUCAGUUUCAGUGAUUCCCACUCACUUCUUCAUUGCAAGUGGGCAGAGACAGGUUUUGACGGUUCUCUUUAAUGCUACAAUGAAUAGCUCUACUGCCAGCUUUGGAAGGAUUGGGCUUUUCGGAAAUCAAGGUCAUAUUGCCAAUAUACCAUUAUCUGUGAUCUUGAAAGUCUCAUCCAACAUCACUAACAGCUGAUUAUAUUUUGGUGAUUCUUUUUUCUUGGUUUACCUCUUUUGUUGUUGACCCAUUUUUUCAUUUGUUAUCUUGUAAAUUGUCAACGAAUCUGUUUGAUAUGUAAAUACAGUAGUGAUUAAUAAGUUUAUAAGUUAGUGCUGCUUCUUUUUGC